UAUAAUGAUGAGAUCAGUCGGUGAAGUGCAUUCAAAACAAAAAGUCACUUUCAUGUGAUAAAUUUGUGACUUUAUAUUUUGCGCAUCAUUUUUAAGGCAAUUUAAAAAUUGAAAGAAAAAAUAAAUUUAACAAAAUUGAAACGCAUAAAAUUUCGUCUGCUGCAAAAUGAUAAUUGUAUAUUUGUUGUUAUUUUUGGUUAGUGUUUUGUAUUUAUGGAUAAAACAUAUGUACAGUUAUUGGGAGCGCACUCCAUUUUCGUACAUUAAACCAUCGAUGCCGUUUGGAAAUGUGGCAGAUUCGUCGUUGGGUCGAAAAUGCAUGGGAAUGAAUUUAUAUGAUCUGUAUAAAAGUUCGAAUGAACCAAUUGUUGGUAUUUAUUUACUAUUUCGACCGGCAUUAUUAGCGCGUGACGCUGACCUCGUGAAAUGCAUCCUUUCAACAGAUGCCAACAGUUUUUAUGACAGAGGAAUUUAUCACAAUCCAAACGAUCCAGUCGCAAAUAACAUGCUGAUGAUGACAGGACAAGAGUGGAAAACAACAAGAGGAAGGUUAACUCCGACUUUUACAUCAGGAAAAUUAAAGGGCAUGAUGCCAAGUAUAAUUAGUAUUGGUGAAAGACUACGAGAAAAAGUUGCACAAUCGGCCGACACAAAUGGAAUUGUUGAGAUAAAAGAUCUGACAAUCAGAUUUGGAUUGGACGUGAUUGGUACGGUUGCGUUCGGAUUAGAUGUCAAUACGUUGGACAAUCCAAACGAUCCAUUUCGUGAUAUGGAAAGAAACGUGAACAAUGGUCAAAUAAUUAAUCGAAUUCGUUUGAUUGGCGCAUUUUUUUGUCCAAAGAUACUUUAUAUGCUGCAUAUGUCAUCAUUAUCAGAAGAUUUCAAAUCUUAUAUGGUUAACAUGGUUCGGGAUACGAUGGAGUAUCGAGAAAAACACAAUACAUCGCGCAACGAUUUAAUUCAAUUGUUGAUGGACUUGCGUAAGACCGGCAAAGUCAAAGGCGACAAUGAGUACGAAAAGAUCGAGCAAUCAAACGAAAAUUCCGAGGAAAUUAUGACAGUUGAACAAUGUGCAGGACAAGUGGGUCUAUUUUAUUUGGCUGGUUUCGAUACCACAGCAUCAGCAAUAGCCAACUGUUUAUUUGAAUUGUCACGAAAUCCAACGCUAAUGCAAAGACUGCACGAUGAAAUCGACGAAGUCUUGAAAAGACAUGAUAAUGUUAUUUCAUAUGAGAGCAUCAACGAGAUGACAUUUUUGGAAUAUUGUGUUUUGGAGUCACUGAGGAAAUAUCCAACAUUGCCGUUUCUCAAUCGUAUCUGCACAAAAGAUUAUCCCAUACCAAAUACGGAUUUGGUGAUAAAAGAAGGAACUCCAAUUAUUAUAUCACAUCUUGGUUUAAUGCGAGACGCAAAAUAUUUUCCCGAGCCCGACAAAUUCAUGCCGGAUCGAUUCUCAGAAAGCAAUCCAAAUUACAAUGCGAAUGCGUUUAUUCCAUUCGGCGAUGGACCACGCACUUGUAUCGGUUUGCGGAUGGGAAAAAUGGUCACCAAAAUCGGCUUGAUAAUGCUUUUACAAAAACAUAAUUUUGAGUGUAUGGAGAAGAACCGAGAAUUAGAAUUUGAUAAUCAUUCGGUGACAUUGGUGCUGAAGAAUGGAAUCAACUUAAAAAUUAUAAACAGAAACUAGAUUUCAAAAAUAUUAAAAAACAAUCAUUGCAUUUCCAAUUGCAAUUCGUAAAUUGAAGUAA